AUGCCCACAAAACUCCCAACUCGCGCGCUGGGCAAGGAUGGACCUCAGGUUCCGGCCCUAGGGUUUGGCUUGAUGGGUCUAAGCUCAUUCUAUGGAGUGCCUCCGCCCGAUGAAGAGCGAUUCAAGCUCCUUGAUCGAGCUUAUGAGCUUGGGUGUACCCAUUGGGACUCCGCACAGCUCUAUGGUGACAGCGAGGAGCUGCUUGGGAAAUGGUUUAGAAGAACGGGGAAGCGCAAAGAGAUAUUCCUGGCCACCAAGUUCGGAAACCAUGUCACACCCGAGGGGAGUCGAGAAAUUAGGAACGACGCAGACUAUAUCCGCAUGGCUGUUGCGGAGAGUCUACAACGCCUUCAGACUGAUUACAUAGAUCUGUUGUAUUGGUUCGUCCUACCCAGUGUGGCAUGCGAAGAAGCCCAUGAAGCAGCGUUAACCCGUACUUUUAGCCACCGAAUCAGCGGCAAAACACCGGCCGAAGAUAUAGUUGCAACAAUGAAAGAAUUCGUGGACUCGGGUAAGGUCAAGUAUCUAGGGUUCAGCGAAUGUGGACCAGACACGCUGCGGCGAGCAAACAAGAUCCACCAGAUCCACGCCUACCAGAUUGAGUACAGCCCUUUCUCAAUGGAUAUCGAAAGGGCCGAGCCAGGCCUACUCCAGACGUGCCGCGAACUGGGGAUUGCCACGGUUGCGUACUCACCGCUUGGCCGGGGAAUGCUGACAGGGAUAUACAAAUCAAUUGACGAUUUUGAUAAGAAUGACUUCCGCAGGACGGUGCCACGAUUCUCAAGGGAAAACUUUUCAAAGAACCUUCAGCUGGUAGACACGCUGAAAGCCAUCUCAGAUAGAAAAAAUUGCACAUCGGGUCAGCUUACGCUGGCUUGGAUGAUGGAGCAAGGAGUUGAUAUCUUUCCUAUUCCAGGGACUAAGAGAAUUGAGUAUCUAGAGGAAAACCUUGGUGCCUACAAGGUCAGCCUAACGCCAGAUGAAAAUAAGGAGAUAAGGGACGCCAUUGAGCACGCCGAAGUACAUGGCACGAGGUACGCAGAAGCGCUCAUGCAGUUUCUUGUCGUUGACACGCCACCCCUUAAGAAGUGA